UAUCAACAUUCGACAUGCAUACCUCCUACACGUGUACUGCCACUGUAGCAUCUCAGCAAGAAAUGGCCAAUCUCCUGGAUCUUUUUACACUACAGCUGCUGUUUGGUUUCUUUACACCGUGUCUCCUUCAGAUCGCUUCAACUGAUCAUUUAUCUGUCCAUCCUGGAGAGAACAUCACCCUGCUCUGUAACAUCACUAAUUAUUCUGAGAUAUCAUGGUAUCGACUGAGAUCUGAGGAGGUGAAGCUGCUGAUAUCUGCUGAAAAAUCUAAGCUGAAGAAAACCUUUUCCCUCAGUUAUAAUGUGAACGAGAGUCACUUUGAUAUAACAGAAAGCAGCAGUUCAGUCAGUUUAGUGAUUAUUGGAGUUAGAGAGACAGAUCUGGGAUUGUAUUUCUGUGGAGGUCGAAACAGAACAACACACAUUCAGUUUGGGAAACUCACCAGACUGAACUUUACAGCUGACCAACAUAAUGUGUCUUGUAACUCAACUGAUGAUCGAAAUACCCAGCAGUCUACAGGAGCAGCGCUCCGGAUUAUAAUGUCUGUGUGUCUGGUCUCCAUCCUAAUAAACAUCAUCUGCAUGUGUGUGUUCUGCUGCAAAAUCAAAGGAAAGUCAGCAUUGUCAGGCAACAGCUGCAGUAACACCACAGAUUCCACUGAAAAGGAAGAAAAUAUUCAUUAUGCCAGCAUCCAGCACAAAAGAAGGUCCAGAGCAGCUGCUAAGAAAAACACAGCAUCAGAUUCGGACAGUGUGACCUACGCAACAGUCGCCUCACAGCCUCGGAGACACUGACCAGCACAAGGUGUCACAAAUUUAAUAUUAUCAUAUAUCAUAUAUCAACAUCAUAAACUUGUGAUGUUCCCUCUGGCUCUCUUCUUUAUU